AUGGAUAAGUCACCUCUUCGUCGCCUUGGCUUCAGGGUAUAUGAAGCAGUAACAGGAGCAAUCUACACUCAUAUAAAUCCAAGUCCUUCGGUCAAAACUUUAGACGAACGUGAAAACAAGAGCGAGCAAGCUUCGCAACAAACAGUUCCCAAAGAAGACCAAAUUAUAUCAUUAGAUGUUGAGGAGGAUUCAUGUAAUGGUUGCGCUGACCCAUGUUCAUUUCAUCCAAAUUAUCCUUACUUGAAAAUCGAUCGUAAGUCCACAUUAGAUGGAACUGUGAAGCCUUACGUGAAACAUGUGCUAAUAUCUACCGGAAAAUCGGAUUGGCAAGCUCACAUCGAGGAUGAAAGUUGUAGUUUAGCGGCCCACUUACACAAAGUAAUAAAAAGCGAUAAUGUCAAUCGAAAAGAUUGUCCGAAAAAAGAAAAGAAGAAUAAAGUUGAAGGAACCACUCAAAAUCAAGACGAUUCUCCUAGUGAAACAGAAAAACCACGAAUAGUCAUUACGAAUAGUAGUCGUCAGAAUACGGAUGACGACGCCAAAGGAAAUGAUAUUCUGCUUUUUCCCGAUAAUAUUCUUAUUAAGAAUGUGACACCAAAACAAGCUACCGAAAUUUACAAAAAGUUUUUAUCGUCAUCCGUUUAUGAAGAAAAAGAGUCCACCAACGGUUUCGCCAUCGAACAAAUGCCGUAUAAAGCGGUGAUCGUGAUAUGUUCUCAUAGACGUCGUGAUAAACGAUGUGGUAUCACUGGUCCUAUAUUGAAAGAGGAAUUCGAUAAAAAAUUGAAUAAUCACUCCAAGCAUAAUGUCUAUGAACAAAGUAAAAAGGACGAGACCAUCUGA